AAAUUGAUGCCAAAUACGGUAUACGGUCCGAAUGGGCUACCGUACGCCGAAAUACGGUAAUUUCGUAAUUUCAAUUGCGAUUUUUUUUUUUGAGCUCAUUGUAAUAGUGUAGUAAGUUAAUAACUAAUACAAUCAAUGGUUGUUUAUUAACGUCUCAUGUGUGAAAAAAGAUGGUAACUGCGUAGAUUUUACACCUACUCAGAAUAUUUCUAGUAUCGAAGUUGAUGAAGAUGAAUUUGUCAUAGACGGUUGAAAUAUAAAUUUUUGAAAAGAGGACACAUGAAUGCAAAUCAUAUUUAUGUUACAAUGGAAUCAGAAGGUUUUACAGAAGCAAGUAGCAGUUCGGCCACCCCCAAACGUAGUGGUAGUAAGCUGAGCCCCUUAACCAACCAGAGAAUUGAAAGAAUGAAGGCUAAAAUCAAUUCUUUGAAGUGCAAAAUAUUUAGGCGUAAAGUUCCCCACUGUUUUUGCAAAGGAAGACCCAUCGAGGCUACCAAUAGAACAAAUAUCUCAAGAUUGAUAUGUGAAUCAAAACGAUACCUUUCCAAAGAUGCUCAUAUUAUUUUUGCUAAUGAGUUGAAAGCAAACUUUGUUAAUAAAUUCAACAGAAGAUAUGAUGAUGGCUUGAAAGAAAUGUGCUUGUUAAGCUUGUUAAGUGAAUACAAAAAAUCAAAAACUAAGAAAUCUAUGCAAUGAAUAAUGAUUCACAUUUAAGAUUACUUAUAUAUUACUUAUUUUUAUGUAUAUAUUCUUCUGUACAUUUUAUUAUGUUUAUUCAAUUGA